GCACACGCAGCCAAUCUCUUUCCUCAUGACGCACCGAGGCUGGGCUCUGAGAUCACAUUAUUUAACACACCCACCCUGGACGAGCACUUGGACUGAGGACAAGGCGGCAGCGAGGAGAGGACACAUGACAAACAGGAAUCCGUGCACCUGCCACCAGCACCGCACAGCCGAGGAGAAGAAGCCGGGGCAGCCUCCGAGCAUCUCUGCCACGGAUCACCUGCUAUUUUCGAGGAAUUUAAAUUUGUCUUCUUCUUGUUAUCACUAUUAUAAAAAACCAUCCUCGAGGCGGCUGUGAUUCUACGGACCUGUAUCGACCUUUGUUGUCACUUUUUCCACAAAAGAAGACAUCGUUUGACAUCUCACUUCGUGCUGGCAGCAACACAAGGAAGCGGCUCUGAGGAAGAAUAGAACAGGACCCCUCUCUCUCUCUCUCUCUUUCUCUCUCUCCCUCUCUCUCCCUCCCUUUCUCUCCCUCCCUCUGUCCCACUCUUUCCUAACGAUUUAUGUAGUGCUCCGUCCUCCUGACACUGAAUCCCAUUCAACACCGGGAUGAAUGAGGAGCACUUCCUCUGCCGCUGCCAGUGAAGAAGUGUCCAGCUCUUAAAAUGCGCCGAUGCGUCCACCUGUCGGGGAGGAGACCUGGACUACUGUAAGAAAGAACAGAGUGAUGGCACCAUGGAGUUUUUAACAUGAGCUCACACGCGUUCUGUGCGCGAUGAUCGCAGGAAAUCCUCCGGCAAACAUCGCUGCGUUGUCAUCGAAUAACAGCGCCGGUCAUCAACGUCGGUGCCGUAAGGUGCGCCGCGCGUAAAAAGCCCACAGCUGCGUCAGUGUGCAGAAAAUACCCCCAAAACACAAAGAUGAUCCUGUUUCGUAAAUUCAGAGUGUUGAUCCUCAUGGUGUUCCUGGUGGCGUGCACCAUGCACAUCAUGAUAGACUUGUUACCGAAGCUGGAGAAGCGGGCGGACGGAGGGGACGGCGGCGGCUGCCAGUGCGCACAUCACCCGGCCGGGGAGUCGCAGGGCUGGGGGAAGCAGCAGCGCACCCGGUCGGCCGCCGAAGCGGGCUGGCCUAACAAGCACACGCUGAGGAUCCUGCAGGAUUUCAGCAACGAGCCGAGCUCCAACCACACGUCCCACUCCCUGGAGAAGAUCACGGCCGCCGGCGACGGGGCGGUGACCGUCGGGCGGACGAGACCGUCAGCGGCGGGGAAGGCGGAGGACCACAAGCCGCUCAUGGGGGAGGCGAGUGGGGGUCGGACCGUGCAUGCUCACGGUGUCUCCAGACUGUCCACUCUGUUUGAGCAUCCUUUGUACAAGGUUGACCUUCCUCCUCUCACGGAUGAUGACACUUUGUUUAACGUCAACACCGACAUGAGGUUUUAUCCAAGAGCAACAGGGAACCAAGGAUGGCACAACGAGGAUGGGAACCAAGAGGAGGAUGAGUUCCCCCCGACAGGAGAGGUGACGGCCGAGUCGUACCCCAACUGGCUGCGUUUCCACAUCGGGAUCAACCGCUACGAGCUGUACGGCCGACACAGUCACGCGCUGGACGCCCUGCUGAAGGACCUUGUCACACAGAGCAUCACCAGUGUGGCCAUGAAAUCCGGAGGCACCCAGCUGAAGCUGAUCAUGACUUUCCAGAACUACGGACAAGCACUUUUCAAGCCCAUGAAAACAUGACAAGAGAGAUCAGAGAUGUGACCCGCGAUAAGAAGCUGUGGAGAACCUUCUUCAUCUCCCCAGCCAAUAACGUCUGCUUCUACGGCGAAUGCUCUUACUACUGCUCCACGGAGCACGCUCUGUGCGGGAAACCAGACCAGAUCGAGGGCUCGCUGGCGGCCUUCCUGCCCGACCUGAACCUGGCCAAACGCAAGACAUGGAGAAACCCCUGGAGACGCUCCUACCACAAACGCAAGAAGGCAGAGUGGGAGGUGGACCCAGAUUACUGUGACGAGGUGAAGCAGACGCCACCGUAUGACCGCGGCACUCGACUGCUGGACAUCAUGGACAUGACCAUCUUUGACUUCUUAAUGGGUAAUAUGGAUCGUCAUCAUUAUGAAACUUUUGAGAAGUUUGGAAAUGACACAUUCAUUAUUCACCUCGACAACGGAAGAGGGUUUGGAAAACACUCCCACGAUGAGCUGUCCAUCCUGGUGCCCCUCAGCCAGUGCUGCAGGGUGAGGAAGUCCACAUACCAGCGACUCCAGCUGCUGGCCAAGGAGGAGCACCAGCUCAGCUCCCUGAUGGAGGAGUCUCUGCUGCAUGACCGCCUGUCGCCCGUCCUCAUCCAGCCUCACCUCCAGGCCAUGGACCGCAGGCUCCGGCUGGUGCUGCAGGUCCUUGCGGGGUGCAUAGACAAAGAGGGCUCCGUUAACGUGGUGGAGGAGGAUUUAGUCGGGGACACGGCCACGCGCAGGAGCCGAGGCCACAGGUAGUGAGGGCACUGCUCGAGAGUGACCCCCAGGGACACGAUGGACAAUGUGCCGCGGUGGCCUGCGGCUGUCUGACCAAUGGGAUUGGACCAAAAAUCCCUCCUCUGAUAUCAAGCUGAAUUCAGUGAAUUCCAAGACUUGCCAUCAUUGCCUCUAAGGAAACUUGUGUUUGUGGGAGAAACUGUCCACAGACACGAUGGAAGACUGUGCUCACACAGGGGCUUUGUAUUUGUUAGAUGCAGAUGUAUUUUUCUUUCAUCAGAUGUUGUAUGAGACACACAGGAACCACUGCUGUGUUCAGAUUUUGUCCUGUUUGUUUUGAAUAUGAGGGUGCCAGCUUGUUUCUAUGUGUUUAUUAUGUUAGUGCAUAACCAAAUGAGAAAUUGCACUGACUGGGCAUCUCAUGGCCAGAUAAUAAGCUUUAUCUGUUAUCACGAAGGUUCCGGUUAUAAUUUUGAUUUAAAACAUGUCAGAAAUUAUAGUUUACACCUUCUGCUGUAAACUUCAUCGAGACGAGAAGUUAAGGCCGAGUACAAAGACGUACAACAAAUAGGGAAAAGGGUUUUUAGUGGUGGGUUUUCUUUAUCUAUUUUUUGGUCUUGGCACAGACUUGGACUUUUUAAUGUAUCUAUAUUUCUGAACAGCAUAAAGAGGAGUAUUCUUCUCACUGUUCAACCAGUACCAUCAUUUUGCCUUAUUCCAAUUUUGUAUCCCCUUUUUCUUAUUUGUCAGCUCCCCUGCAAGUUGAGCUUGCACAUAGAUGCAGUACAAACAGCAUGACACUAAAAUAUUAUUUGACAAACCCAAAACACUCUUACAUGUGAUAAAUGGAGCCCACACUGAUGGGCUGGUUAGCGGUCUUCAAAUGCUAUGUCAGUUCAAUUGAAUGCACAAACGUUCUUACCUGCAGGCCUCAAACAUUUAGUAUUGUUGGGUAUAAUUUUACAGAUUAUUCAAGGCAAAAUGUUACAGUUUGUAUGUUGUUUCAUUUUAUGAGAUUUCCUGUCCAAAUGACUAUUUAUUGGUGCGUUACAAGGACUGAAAGUGGUUUAAUUAAUUGCUGGUUAUGGGUUUGAUUCAAGUUGCUUUAUAGGAAACUAUAGAGGAAAUAUUUAGCAUUUGGAUAAUAUGUAAAUUGGGUUAAAUUGGGUUUUGUUAUUUUUAGAUAGAACACUAAGCUGUUUUGAUUUGGGACAUUAAGUUGUAGAAGUGGUGCCAGUGCAAUCUUCAGUUUCCUCCUAGGGUCCUGUGUAUUGGCUAACCCGGUACCUGUGCAAUGACAGAAAUGGAGUACUUGAAUGUUUUUUGGGUUGGCAGUACGGACAGGAUUCACAGAGCUACAGACAGUGUCGAGCCUGGGAGCCGGACUCAAGCCUGCUCGGGGGUUGAUGGAGGGGUUCAAAAGCCUCGUCCCACCACAGGGAUAACCUCGGGAACAGUUUUCAUAUUCUCAGUGUAAAUACCUAUAAAUAGUUUGAAGACCUGACAACCUGCACCGCACAGUGAUUCGCUUCUGUUUUCUGCUAUUGCAUUGUUACUGUGAAGAUCUGUUUACUAAAUGAUUAAAGUGUGCAAUAAAAACAAAAGUGAGG